GUCAUUUUUGACAGGUGCGCCAUUUAUAAACAAACAGAUCUGUCGAUGCCUGUCAUCCCUAAUCAGAGAAAAUGCCUACUGGUGAUUUAACGAAUAACCUCAGAAAGUUACAGAAGGAAGUCAAGCUUAUCAAGUAUAAUGAAGACCUUGACCUUGCCAAUAUGUCCUUGGGGAAGCCCACUGCCUUCUUGCCUCUCUACCACUAUGCCUUCACAAGUUACAGCCAUGCACUGGCAGAGCUUAUCUCAGCAUCAGAUGCAGAGCUCUAUGGCAAGACAGAUUUCCGAUUUAUUGAAGCUAUGUACAAGAUACUGCGAGAUUUGUUCAGCUACAAGCCCCUCAUCACAAAAGAACAAUUCUUUAAUGCUGGGUUUGCAGAAAGGAAGAUAAUUAUGUGUUCUGAAGUGUUACACAUGGUCCGUGAAAAGAGUCGUGUAUUGAACCCGCCAAAGAAAUCAGCUACAGGGGGUGCUGCUGUCAGUGGACUGGUACAACUUGGUACUGCAAAGGUAAAUCGACCAAAGUCAGUCGAGCCAUUGUCUAAUGAAGCAUCAACAUCAACCUGUGUGACAGCAAAGAGGCCAAAGACAGCGACGCAUACAAAACAAGUAAGAGUUGCUUCCCCUUGUGAAGUGACAUCUGCACCACAGGUGGUGAAUGAACUUUUACAACCUCACAAGCCUCAAGGUCACCCUAUACGUCACAUGACUAGUCAUGUUGCAGAUUAUAGGCAGCACCCACCACUUCCUACAGAGGUAGCUUCACCACCUCAUCUCACCAAAGAGAGGCUGAUGACAAAAGUACCAAUACAAGCAUCAUCAGAAGUACACUUCAUGCCUGUCACAUCCAGUGUGACCAGAAACAGAUCUUCACUUGUAAAGACAGUUUCCACAGAGCGUCCAGAGGAAGAGGAGGAUGAAGAAGAAAGUGAAGAGGAUGAAAUAGAGACUGUCAAUGCUGUUACUCGAGGGGAAUCUUUUUUAGAACCACAAUUUGGGACAAACAGCCCUGCAAGUCAGCCAUAUGUACAGAGUGAAGAGUCCCUACAAUACAAUAGGACGAUACAGGCUGUUGUGGAUCGUAUGAACAGUUUAGACACAGUGGUAAAGAACAUCGCUGGACUUGUUGAGUCCCAGGUUUCAGUCAGCUCAGAUGAUAAGGUUAACGCUACACUGACAACUAUUCAGCAGCAGCUCGAGACCCUCAUGGCUCGUAUGGUACUUGUGGAGAACAGGGUAGCCUUGGUAGAGGCUAGGCUUAGUGGUAGUCAAGCUGUAGCUAGUGAGCCUAGUAAAGGGUUGAAGGAUAUUGGACAUGGGAAACCUGAGGCAUCUCGUGGUGCAGCACAGACUUGGGGUUCUGGUGAAAUGUACCGAAUCACCACACAUAACCAAAAUGGAUCAGAAUCUCACCAAAAUGUUCCCAAAGCACCAAAUGUCCUGUCAAGUUUAGGUGCUGGAGAUGGCCUGGAUAAACAGAGUUCCGACGUAGUGGAAAUCCACAGUGGACGGUCCAUCUCGGCUUCAGUUACACCAAAGGAAGCACAACCUGCAGACCACCAGAUGCAACUCCUGACAGCAAAUCACUCUAAUGGAAGCAGUGUAUUUAGUGACCUCUUGGGCUAUCCUCGACCAAACCUGACCUCUAGUGACAUCAACGACUCGGCAGCAGUGGGUCUGUCACCGAUACGGAAACCAACAGAUUUAUCAGUCAACCAUAGUGUAACACUACCACCCUUUGAUUUGACCAAUGACGACACAUUUGCAGCUGUGACACAGGAUGAGAAGCGAUUAUCGAGCACGCCUACCAAACACCCUGUUAUGCUGGAGAGCCUUGGAGACUCCCUGUCUUUCCAUUUUGGAGACACCACAUCACAAGAAAGAAUGCUGAGGAUCAAAGCGAUGAUCAAGGAAACGGAGCACAUGCUUAUAAAGCCUACCUCAACUCUGACAGGCGAGAAUUCCUGACUCCCCAGUUCUCCUAAUGCCAACCCAUGUAGAAGUGCCAUUCCAGAUGAUUGUUGUCAUCCUUCUUAUCAUCAUGAUCACCAUCAUGUCAUCAUCAUCCUCGCAGACAUCGUCAUCUAUUGUAUACAUUCCGUCCAGGUUUACAGAGAGUUUGAAAAUUGAUACAGACACCAUUUUGUAUAUCAAUAGCUAUAAGUGGAGAAUGAAACUCCAGACUUACAGAGUUACUUUAUGUACUACAUAUAUAAAUGAGAUCCAGAUAGCCGGGUAAAUGGCUGUCAUGUCAUAUCAGUCUUUACUUUUGUUUAGUUACACCAGUAAACCAUGUGGUUCAUGCAGCUAAUUUUUGACGAGGCCAACAGAAAUUUUUCUAUAUGAUUGCAAGUGAUAUUUUUUUCAAUUCUGCGUCAAAAUAUGAUAUAAUAAUAUGCUUAAAAAAUGAUGUGUAUUUUUGUUACCAAAUUUAGUCUUAUAGUGUAUUUCCAAAAUAUAAUUAUGCUACGGUUCUUACAUUUAAAUGCUUUAGUCAAAACUUCACAUAGUAUAGAGUCAAGUCCAAGAUAAUUUAUAAUAUUAUCAUUGGGUGUAGACUUAAGACUCUUUGAUAUUCUGGAGUUCAAACUUGUGUCCAAGACUGUGGUAUGUUUUAAUGGCAUUCAGUUACAGAAUAUCAAUGGGUGGUUUGGUUGUAGAAGUAGGGUAUUAGGUAUAUUAUUAAUUAUAUUACACUUGUUUAAGGUAUGUUGUUACACGUAGUUAUGCUGUACUACUUUAUAACACUGUUUGUUUAAUUUUAAUAAACAUAAAGUAAAAACAAGA